CUUGAACACUGACAAAACUUCAUGACCGGAACUCGACGUAACUUACAAAGUAUCGAGACGCACCCACACUGGAUGCACUUUUGAUACGUGCGGAGCCUUUUGAUAACUUUACCCAGAUUUAUCCCCUUCACCAACGUUUACUUAAUCUCAGCAACAUCAGUUCAACACAUCCUCGUCAUAUGACUUUUGUUUCUUCUCACAAGAUGAAACGCAUAGUCGGCCAGAACCCGGAGGAAGACCCGCAUCACAGUCGUAAUUCGGUCUCUGCACCGUCGCCACCGGAAGGGUCGAGGCCAGUGGAGGGGUCAAGCCCACGGCGGAACCAAUCAAUUCCACCCGAGUUGGCGGACAUUCUCGUGCCUUCGCUCAAAGUCGGGGCGGUUGCCGGUGCAUGUGGUAUCUUUACCGGAGCGGCGGCCGGGAUCAUUCGGUCCGCCCCUACACUCUUCUUCUCCGUCAUCGCGGGAGGGCAGUGGUUUACACUGGGCACGAGCUACUAUGCCACGCGGUUGAUGACGUUGAAACAUUUUGCGCAAGAAGAACCGACAACUGGUGAUAAAGUAAGAGCGAGCACUGUUGCAGGCGGUGUUGCUGGAACUCUCGGCGGUUUGUUGAGGGGGCCGAGAAACGUCAUCCCAGGAGCUGUGGUGUUUUCGUUGCUCGGGGCUGGGGGCCAAACCAUCGCCAAUUGGCGGGCUGUGGAGGCUGCGAAGGCCGCGGAGGUUGCGGAGGUUGCGAAGGCUGCGGAUGCGGCUCCGAAGCCGCCGAGCGAGUUCUGGUCGAGAUGGAGCCCCAUCAAGCAGCUCUCUGACCAGGAUUAUGAGAACAUACUCGAGGAAAAACUUCUCCGAGUGGAAGCUGAUAUUGCACUCAUAGACGACCGCGUCAAGGAGCUCCGCGAAUCCGAACGCCGGAUGAAGGAGGGGGGUUCCGAAACUGAAAGGAAUACAGCACAUUCAAACAAGGCUUGAUUACGGUUAGGGAAACGAGUCUCUUGCAGACGUGCCACGAGGAAAGCUGUACCAUCUAGUGUAAAUUAGUGGAC